GGCUGGGAAGGUCUACGGAUGUUUCUAGAGCAGGUGUCCAUCAGAGAAGCUUUCUCUGUCUCUCUCUCCACUGAUGGGCUAUUGCUGGGAUAUGCGAGGCUGCCUCUCUCCGUGUCUGUCUCCCCCCCCCACCCCCCACCCAGGGGGAAGGGGGGGGUCUCUGAAGGUUUGCCUCAGUCUGGUAGAACAAGUCUAUCUUCCAGCGUCGGGGGGUCAUUAAUAACCAAUUAGGAGGGUCACCGCCGCUCAUAUAUAGCCGGCUGAGAGAGUUUGCCAAGAGGAAUCUGUCAAGAGCGAGGAGCCCAUCGCCCCGGGCUGAGCAGCGCUCUGCGCCCGACUUCCCCGCCCGCCCUCUGCGCCCAGCUGCCCGGCGAUCCCCCCCGCCGCUGGGUUUCCAUGAUGGGCUCCGUGCUCCCCGCGGAGGCGCUGGUUCUCAAGACGGGGCUGAAGCCGCAGGGGCUGUCCUUGGCGGAGGUGAUCACGUCGGACAUCCUCCACAGCUUUCUCUACGGCCGGUGGAGGAACGUGCUGGGCGAGCAGCUCUUCGAGGAGAAGAGCAGCCACAGUAACCCCAAAACGGCCUUCACGGCGGAGGUGCUGGCUCAGUCCUUCUCGGGGGAGGUGCAGAAGUUAUCCAGCCUGGUCCUGCCCUCAGAAGUGAUCAUCGCCCAGAGCUCCAUCCCCGGGGAAGGGCUGGGCAUCUUCUCCAAGACCUGGAUCAAAGCUGGCACCGAGAUGGGGCCUUUCACCGGCAGAGUCAUCUCGCCGGAGCACGUGGAUCUGUGCAAGAAUAACAAUCUCAUGUGGGAGGUCUUCAAUGAAGAUGGCACUGUCCGCUACUUCAUCGAUGCCAGCCAAGAAGACCACCGUAGCUGGAUGACCUACAUCAAGUGUGCCAGGAACGAGCAGGAGCAGAACUUGGAAGUGAUCCAGAUAGGAAACAGCAUAUUCUACAAGGCCAUUGAGAUGAUUCCACCAGACCAAGAGCUGCUGGUCUGGUACGGGAACUCCCACAACACCUUCCUGGGGAUCCCGGGCGUGCCGGGCUUGGAGGAGGAGCAGAAGAAAAACAAGCAUGCUUUGUCUGCAGGAUCCCUAAGGCCAAUCAGCCUGAAUAGCCUGUGGCCCAAAUCCAGCAGUGAGAGAGCCUUUCAUUCAUCACUCCCACUUGGAGGAGGCUUCCUGGAUGAGGACUUCCACACGGUGGAGACCGGCGCGAGCACGGCCGGCCGCAUGCGGUGCGUGAUCUGCCACCGGGGCUUCAACUCCCGCAGCAACCUGCGCUCCCACAUGCGCAUCCACACCCUGGACAAGCCCUUCGUCUGCCGCUUCUGCAACCGCCGCUUCAGCCAGUCCUCCACACUCCGCAACCACGUGCGCCUGCACACCGGAGAGCGCCCCUACAAGUGCCAGGUCUGCCAAAGUGCCUACUCCCAGCUCGCUGGACUCCGGGCCCACCAGAAGAGCGCAAGGCACCGACCUCCCAAUGCCUCCCUGCAGUCUCACUCCCCAGCCUUGCCCGGGCCCCACCCUGCCUCCCUGGCACAUCACAUACCUACAAUGGUGCUGUGAGCCACUGUCGGGCUCCGGGGAGCCAUUUCCAGCUGUCGGAGACUGGCAUUGAUAAUGCGGAUGAAUUUGUGGGCAUCAACCCUUCAGGGAGCGGUGGGGGGCAGAGAGGAUGGGGCAGGGCCGAUUUCUUAAUUAAACAGUUUGCUGACGAAGAGGUGUUUGGCAUCAGGCAGCGAGUGGCAUAAAGGCAUUUGGGAGGGUAAACACAUUGAGAAUGAAAAACAA